AUUUUGCGGAUAUCAGAGAACUGACUAAGAGAGUGCUAUAUUCGAUAGCCUGCUAAUAUAAAACUGUUUGUGCACCUGAUCCCUUCACUCAAUCCCUUCAAGUACUUAAUCUUUAGCGUCAUCUUCAUUCUUCCCUUCCUCUCUAUUUUCUGCCUUUUGGUAACAUUCAGAACGAUUUGUUUCUGUGGUUGAUCCUUAAGUAUGGAAAACCCCCCUUUCGAUGUCGAAGACGUUAUUCGAAAUGCCUCUAUCCAAGAAAAGAUCUCUUUGCUCAGCGGGAAAGAUUUCUGGCAUACGCAGCCCCUCGAGAGAUUUAACGUCCCUUCAAUUCGUACAAGUGAUGGCCCUAACGGCAUUCGCGGCACGAAGUUCUUCAAUAGCGUCCCUUCAGCGUGCCUUCCCUGCGGGACUGCACUAGCGUCCACCUGGGACUCAAAGCUUCUAUACGAGGCUGGAGUCUUACUAGGCAAAGAAUGUUAUGCUAAAGGUGUCCAUUGCUGGCUUGGUCCUACUACGAAUAUACAACGAUCGCCACUUGGGGGUCGGGGUUUCGAAUCAUUUUCCGAGGAUCCUUACCUAUCUGGCAAACUUGCUGGGUCCUAUAUCAACGGUGCACAAUCAAAUGGCACUAUUGCUACUAUCAAGCACUUUGUUGCAAAUGACCAAGAACACGAACGUAUGGCCGUAAACGCCAUCAUUAGUCAGCGGGCCCUGCGGGAGAUCUACUUGUUGCCAUUUCAAAUAGCUAUUGCCGAUAGUUCUCCUGGCGCUGUUAUGACUGCAUACAAUAAAGUCAACGGAGAACAUGUUGCAGAAAGUAGACAUUUCAUCGAGGAUAUUCUACGUGGAGAGUGGGGUUGGAAAGGGCUAGUCAUGAGUGACUGGCUUGGAACUUACUCAACCUCGAAAGCAUUGGAUGCUGGACUUGACCUCGAAAUGCCAGGUCCAACAAGGUGGCGGGGAAGCAUAGCAGAGCUUGCUGUAUCGUCGCGAAAGGUUACCAACUCUACAAUCGACGCUCGUGUACGGAAUGUAUUAAACUUCGUUAAACAUGCAAGUCAGGUCAAAGUCUCCCCCAUAGAGGGAAAGCGAGAUUACGCCGAAGACCGCGCUAUUAAUCGUAACCUCGCAGCUAACAGCGUCAUUGUGUUGAAAAACGAAAACUCGGUUCUGCCACUUUCCAAAAACAUCCACGAGAUCGCACUUAUUGGUCCUGGGAUCAAAGAUGUAGCAUUUUGCGGAGGAGGGAGUGCUAGGUUGGAGCCAUACUACACUGUCAGUUUGUACCAAGGAAUUUCCAACGCUUUAGAGGAAGGCGUCAAGAUUCAGUACGAACUAGGGGCAUAUGCGCAUAGAUAUCUUCCAACUCUAGGUCCAAAUAUAACAGCGCCAGACGGUCAACAAGGCGCUAUUAUGUCAUUUUAUAUCGACCCUCCUUCAGUUAAGGGCCGAGAAAUGAUCGAUCAAGUCCAUGUUCCGGACACCUCAUUUCAGUUAAUGGACUAUCGACAUCCUCGGCUAGGAAUACUGUACUAUGCAAGUCUCGAAGGGAUAUUUACUGCACCUUCUACAGGAACUUUUGAGUUUGGUAUUACAUUGUACGGAUCAGGAAAUCUCUACAUUGAUGACAAAUUAAUUAUUGAAAACACAGAGAACCAGAGGUUUGGAGACUCGUUCUUUGGCAAAGGCACUGCAGAGGAGAAAGGCACGGUUCAAGUAGAAGAAGGAAAGACAUACAACAUUAGAUUGGAGUUUGGAAGCAGUCCUACGUCGAAGGUUGUCCGACCUGGCAUGGUUGCCUUUCCUGGCGGCGCUGGAAGUAUUGGAGCAAUUCUUCAGAUGAAUGAGGAAGAAGGUAUUGAGCGGGCCGCGAAGCUUGCUGCGACAAGCAAAUGUGUUGUGCUAUGCGCCGGGCUAUCAAAAGACUGGGAAAGUGAGGGCUUUGACAGGAAAACCAUGGACCUCCCAGGCAACGUCUCGAAACUUAUAAGCGCAGUGUUAAAAGCAAACCCAAACACAGUAAUCAUUACUCAAAGCGGUACACCUAUUAACAUGUUGCCUUUUACUGGAGCCGCUACAACUCAAGUGCACGCUUGGUAUAAUGGUAAUGAGACUGGAAACGGCAUCUCUGACGUUUUAUUUGGGAACAUAAAUCCUAGCGCGCGCCUACCGCUAUCCUUCCCACGGAAGCUGAGCGACAAUCCAGCUUUCUUAAACUUUACUAGCGAACGUGGACGCGUCAUCUACGGCGAAGACGUCUAUGUUGGCUACCGGUAUUAUGAGAAGCUUGAACGCGACGUUCUGUUCCCAUUUGGUCACGGACUCUCCUAUACAACGUUCUCCUUCUCGUGCCUACGUAUUUCACGAAAUAGUGUGCGACUUACAGUGACCAACACGGGGACACGCGAUGGCGCUGAGGUUGUACAAUUGUAUAUAGCACCAGAUACACAGAACUGCUCAAUCUCACGACCCCAGAAAGAGCUAAAAGGCUUUGCCAAGGUGUUUCUGAAGGCAGCGGAGAGCCAGGAGGUGGAAAUCGCCCUUGAUCGCUUUGCGUUGUCAUUCUGGGAUGAGAUUCUCAACGCGUGGGUCUGUGAAGAGGGCGAAUAUGGCGUGUUGCUUGGUAGGAGUAGUGUCGAUAUAGCUUUACGUGGUACUUUGAGCGUAGCACAAACUACGACAUGGAGUGGAUUAUAGGACGAAAAGUUGGUGUUUUGAUAAUUUUUAAGCAGUGCCGGUACUGAUAGUUAUUUUUCGACCGAAAUAUAAUUUGAGA